CGGCCGGCGGGGCGCGCGGCGGCGGCGGCGGUGGCGGUGCGGGGAGCGGCGGGCGCCGCGGGCGGGCGGGCGCGCGGCAGCAUGGAGGAGCUGAGCAGCGUGGGCGAGCAGGUCUUCGCCGCCGAGUGCAUCCUGAGCAAGCGGCUCCGCAAGGGCAAGCUGGAGUACCUGGUCAAGUGGCGCGGCUGGUCCUCCAAACACAACAGCUGGGAGCCAGAGGAGAAUAUCCUGGACCCACGGCUGCUCCUGGCCUUCCAGAAGAAGGAACACGAGAAGGAGGUACAGAACCGGAAGAGAGGCAAGCGGCCCCGGGGCAGGCCGAGGAAGCACACGGUGAUGUCCUCCUGCGGCCGGCACUCGAAGCUCAAGGACCCAGGUGCCCCCUCCAAAUCGAAAUCCAGCAGCUCCUCCUCCUCUUCCACAUCCUCCUCCUCUUCCUCAGAUGAAGACGAUGACAGCGACCUAGAUGCCAAGAGGGGCUCCCGGGGCCGCGAGACCCACCCAGUGCCCCAGAAGAAGGCCCAGAUCCUGGUGGCCAAGCCCGAGCUAAAGGACCCCAUCCGAAAGAAGCGGGGCCGCAAGCCGCUGCCCCCAGAGCAGAAGGCGGCCCGAAGACCCGUGAGCCUGGCCAAGGUGCUGAAGACCUCCCGGAAGGACCUGGGGGCGCCAGCCAGCAAGCUGCCCCCUCCGCUCAGCGCGCCCGUGGCAGGCCUGGCAGCCCUGAAAGCCCACGCCAAGGAAGCCUGUGGUGGCCCGAGCACCAUGGCCACCCCAGAGAACCUGGCCAGCCUGAUGAAGGGCAUGGCCGGCAGCCCCAGCCGCGGCGGCAUCAGCUGGCAGAGCUCCAUCGUGCACUACAUGAACCGCAUGAGCCAGACCCAGGCCCAGGCUGCCGGCAGGCUGGCACUCAAGGCCCAGACCACUGGCAAGUGCAGCCUCGGGCUGGACCUCAAGGUGAGGACGCAGAAGGGGGAGCUGGGGAUAAGCCCCCCAGGAAGCAAAGCCCCAAAGGCCCCCAGCAGCGGGGCUGUGGAGCAGAAAGGGGGCAGCGCAGGGGGCCCCCCCCACGUCCACAGCAGCAGCAGGGUCCCCACUGGGUGCCUGGGCCCCCAGCCUGCGCCCACCCAGGAGCUGAGCCUCCAGGUCUUGGACUUACAGAGUGUCAAGAAUGGCACGCCUGGGGUGGGCAUGGUUGCUCGCCAUGCCACAGCUACCAAGGGUGUCCCUGCUACCAACCCAGCCACCGGGAAGGGCGCCGGGGCUGGCCCCACCAUGGGGAGUGGGGCCGGUAUGCCCACCGACACCAACAAGAGUGAGAAGCUGGCCUCCAGGGCAGCAACUCUGCCCAGCCCUGCAGGCAAGAGGGACUGUGUCAAGGGCAGUGCAGCCCCUGGUGGGCAGGAGGGCCACACCACCUCCGGAGAAGCGCGCAAGCCAGCCGCGCUGUCGGAGAUGAGCACCGGCGAGGAGAACAGUAGCUCUGACUCAGACCCCGACUCGGCCUCACCACCCAGCGCCGGACAAAACCUGUCGGUGUCCGUCCAGACUAGCCAGGACUGGAAGCCCACCCGCAGCCUCAUCGAACACGUCUUUGUCACUGACGUCACCGCCAACCUCAUCACCGUCACGGUGAAGGAGUCCCCCACCAGCGUGGGUUUCUUCAACCUGAGACAUUACUGAUGCCCCGAGGCUGCUGGGGUGUCACCUGCCCCUCUCUGACCUUUGAUAAGUGACCUGGACACCCACCCUGCCUGUGACUUCGGGCAGGGGCAGUGCCUUGAUCCAUUGCUGGGCCCAGCCUCGCCCUUGCUCCUACCUCUGGGCCUUCGCUUCCCAUUCGCCUCAGGAAGUCUGCGUGGCCCCCUGUGGCUCUAGCCAAACGGUUCUCAAGCCCGUCUGGUGGUUGUGCUGUUGGAACUGCCCUCUCUGGCCUGUGAUGACAAAUGGGUGGUCACCUCCCCUCCCUGUUUCCCAGAGGCACAGGGAGCUCCUCCUGGUCCAGCUUGGCUAUUCCUUCCUGGCGGUGGGGAGAGCAUACUGGGGGUGGAGGGCAGCAGGGCCUUGGGGCCCUGUUCCAGGGAGGGCUAGAAGAAGUUUCUAGAAGAUGGGGCUGGGGGAGUAGGGAGGGAGCCAGGCGGUCUGAACUCCCCACUUCAGAACAGUGCCUGAGCAGACCAGGGUGAGGUGACUGUUCAUCUCCCUGACCCCACCCCCACCCCGGACAGCUGAGGCUGUGGCCUUAAUGGAAAAGGACAGGUGCUCAUUAGGGGAUCGGGAACCCUAAAGAGUUUGGUUUGGGUGCCAUCCACCCCUGGUUGAGAUUAACAACCGCAGCCUCCACAUGUUGACCCGGACAUCCCCCAGGGGCGGGGAGGGGCUGGUCCCAGAGCUCUUUCACCUGAAGAGCCAGCCUCUGCCUUUGGGGAGCAGAAGGAGACGGGUGUUGCUCUGCGGCCCUCCUUUUGAAACCAGCCUGUGCAAGGACCACCUUUGUCCUAAUCCUGGGCCCAAACACUGCCCCCCGGAGCCCCUGGAAGGUGGGUGGGUGUGCAGGCGGCUGCUGGGAGUGGAUGCACCCUCCCGCUGUCCGCUGGUGUCCAGCUGUCAUGCGAGUGUUUGCUGCAGGUCCCCCACAGCCUCUGCCCAGAUGGACGGGCACCACCUUCCCUGACAAUCCCCCCACCUUUGGGGGUUCCACGUUCUGCUCCUUCCCGGCUGAGUAGCUGUGUCCCUGUACCAUUUGGGAAGUGGGACACAAUCUGAGCAGCCUGCCUGGCAGAGCGUCCCUGGAAAGGCCUGAUCUGCCAGGCUGACUGCCUCCCCGUGGCCAGCUGAGGCUGGGAGCUGGCCGUGCCUCCUGACCAGAAUUGCCUCUAUGGGCUCAGCGCAGGGAGGUGCGUCACUGGGUCUUUGUGAUGCCAAAAAGAAAAGUGGGGGCGUGGGGGACUCUGCUUCGAUUAUUGGUUUAAAGUCAGCCGCAGCCGUGGGGCUCUUUCUGUAUCCCCAGCCUUGAUGCAAGGGAGAGCCCGGACUUAGCCUCUGGGCUCUGGUUUCUGAGGGGUGGGCCUGCCAGACCUCCAGUCCCCUCAGUCCCUCACCCUCCACGCCAAAUAGGAAGAGAUGGCUUUUGUGUACCCAAAUCCAUUUGAACAGUGUGCCUUUGGGGACGAAUCUGUGUCCAGGGCCUUGUUGAGGGUUGUCUGCGUGCAGCCUCUGGGUCUUGCACGUGGUAGCCUUGCUGGCUUCUGCAGGAGUGGUGCCCACCUUGGUGGACCCGAGGGCGGGGAGUCCCGGACCACUGGGCUGAGACUGGAAAGUGGGCAGUAAAGGGGAGACUUGCCUCCUCCACUGUGCAACACAGCCUGGAAGGGAUGCCAGCACGCUGGGCCCUGGCACCAGCCUCCCCUCCUGUCCCCAGACACCCAGAAGCUCCCUGGGUGUGACUGAAGGGGCUCCUCUGGGCUGCCUCCCCCUCGGAGGAGCUGAUGACCCCCAGGUUUUACAGUUCCUUUCCUGCCGGGCACCGUGCUGCCUUAGAGGCGGGAGUGCCGGGCCAGCAGCAGGUCUCCCCUCCAAGCCCUUGGGAUGACCCUGGGCUUCUGCAGGCUGUUGGCUAAAUGUGUGUUGGGCUGACCUGACAUCCCCAGCAGUCAGGUUUCCAAACCCCAAUUUGGUGCCUUUCUAUUUACCAGCUACUUCAAUCCCAAAGUUUAAAUCUGCAGACACCUUCCUCCCAGCCACUUUGCCUUCUUGCCAUGUCGUGUGUUUUUCUUGGUGCUUGUGUCUCCAAGGGGUCCAUGUUUAAAAGGGUGUGUGUGUGUGUGCCCGCGCGUGCUCUUGCACACACAUGUGCAGGUGUGAUAGCCUUCGCUGAAGAAUUGGACCAGAUGCUAGAGUUGGUCAUCAUGUUUACCAAUAAAUGAAAGUAGUACUUUUUUAUUUGCUGCUAUGUGUGUGUGCGUGUGUGUGUGUAGCUAGGCAUCGGUCACACCUCGGACCUGAGAUUUCUUGUUGCUUUAUUCUGCAGGGUUUCCUACGUGAGCUGCGGCACAGUGUAUAUGGAGUGUGUGUGGUAAACCUGUCGCAUCUUUCUCUCUGCUUCUGUAAGGGAUAGGAAGAAGUGGCCAAUCUGUCUUCUUUAGAGGGCUUGGCAUAUUUUUUUAUAUAUUUUUGGUACCAAAAAGAGUGUUCCCUGUUUUGGUUACGCUCAGAAUUCUGACCUGACGAACGGGGCUCUGGGCCUAGAGGUUUCUUUAGGGGAAAACUUUGGGGGAGGACCAGAGCUUUGGACCAGUGCCAAUCACUGGCUUGAUUUGUGCUUUUUAAUUAAAAAAAGAAAAAGCCAAAUCAUUCAUGUAUGCCACUUCUAAUUGCUUUAAACUAUGGCUGUUUGUUUGCUCUCUUUGAGAGAGAACAAAAGUGGAUAUGUUAUUGCCCUGGGAAACUUCAGAUCUUUGUUGAAACGGGACAGCAGCUGAGUCCUCAUAUUCAAUCAGGACCAACCCGUGGAAGGAAAUGCUUCCCCCAGGAAGCCCACAGUGGUUGCGGGGAGGGAGUGGGAGGAGUGGAGAGGCAGUGCCUAGAUCACCAGAUUUUUGCCCUUUAAGUGCGUCUAAAGAUUUUGUGCAUUUUCUAGUAUUUUUUGAAAACUAACACUAGCAAUAGGUUGCAGAUUUUUUUUUAGACUAAUGUUAAUUUAUUUUGCAGGGGAAAGACAUUAGCAAAUGGCGUCAGAAGAUUUCUUUCUGUUAACUCUUAGUAUAUCAAUAAAUUUUUUUAACUUUUCA